ACUUUACUAUUAUUAUUAUUAUUAUUAUUAUUAUUAUUAUUAUUAUUAUUAUUAUUAUUAUUAUUAUUAUUAUAACUUCUGCUGCCACGCAAGCAUCUUAAACCUUUCCUUUAUCAGUAAGUACUGAAACUUAUUAUUAGAUAUCUGCAUUUUAUGGCAUCUAAAUAUUAUUAAAAAUGGGAUUUUAAUAUUUUUGUACAUUUGUGUGAUGUUGGCAUAUACUCUCGUGCAGAAGCAAUUUUAACACUGUUACUACACAGUAUACCCACUGUUAAUACAGAGUAUAUCCAGUCACUGACAAUAAGUGAAGGAAGACGAUAUAAGAUUAUGACAUGGAAAGCAGUGAAACUAAUUAAAUUGAUAAGUUCAGUAUAAAAAAAAUAAUCAUACAGGAAUGGUUGAUACACUAUCUUAACCUUAAGUACAACAAAUUCAUUCCCUUUCCAUUGCCAGGACUUCCAGUUUUUACUCUUCAAAAUCCAUAAUAUCUGAACUGAAAUAAAAUUGAAACAACUAUAGAAUUGUUAAUUUUUAUUUAAUGAGAAAUAUUUGAAAACUUACAGAAACAAAGCUGUUCAUCAGUGUUUAAUUAAAAACUGUUACUGGGACACCUAUAGCAUCAACCUUGUGAACGCUCAGGUUCACAAUCAGUGAUUAAUAUUUAUAUGUAUAUAAAAGAAUGAAAGUAGGAACAGACUAUUUGGACUCUAGCCUGAGUAUUCAUUGCAAGAAUUGAGAAGUUAUAACUUCUGGAAUUACAUUUUUUGAAAACUUCCUCAUGCUAUAUUACAAAAUGGAUUGGAAGCUUCUAAGCUGGCCAAUAAGAGCACAAAUCUUUCCUUGAUUUUUUUUGGCACAGGACAUACCUCAAUUUUACGUCUUACCAUUUCAUUUGCAGUUUCUGCCACUGUGGCUGAUUAUCAGCACCUCCUUGUGCUCAGUUGCUCUCACUCACUACCCAUUUAUAAUUACGCCUCUCCAAGUGCCCGGUGUACAUCUGCUCAGUCCUUUUGUACCCUUCUCAUCUGCUGCAGGGUCACGUUUAGCAAGUCAUUCAGUUAGCCGUUAUUUCAAAUGCAAGCACUCUUGUUUGCUCAAUUCUCCUGCCUUUGCCCUUGCCACUCUCUCUCCUCCUCCUAUCACAUACAGAUAACUACAGCCUUGGCUGGGGAGCCAUCAGACAGUAACACGGGUUUACAGCAACAGAAAAGAAACAAGCAGACAAAAGGAGAGGGCAAAUCUCAUCAUGGCAUCAGCCGCGCUCCAGUUUUUUGCUUUCAUCCUAGCCUUGUUUGGUGUUUUUGGGGCGAUCGCAGCCACCCUGUUGCCCAACUGGAAGGUGAAUGCAGACACGGGCUCAAACAUAAUCACAGCCAUCACUCAGAUGCAAGGGCUCUGGAUGGACUGCACAUGGUACAGCACCGGGAUGUUCAGCUGCACACUGAAAUAUUCAAUCCUCUCUCUCCCUGUUUACAUCCAGGCAGCAAGGACCACCAUGAUUCUGUCCUGCAUUCUCUCCAUUUUUGGGAUCUGCAUCGCCACAGUGGGGAUGAAGUGCACCCUCCUGGGAGGGGACAGAGAGACCAAAAACCACACGUCAGUUGCCGGAGGAGUCUUCUUUAUUUUGGCAGGAAUAUCUGGCUUGAUACCAACAGCCUGGUACACAAAAGAGAUUAUUUCCAAAUUUCUGGACCCAACUAUUCCAGAAAGCAGUAAGCAUGAGCCAGGAGGAGCGGUUUACGUUGGAUUUAUUUCGGCUGGACUUCUGCUUGCUGCAGGUACCAUCUUUGGCACUUCCUGUUUUAAGAAACAACAGAGACCAGGGAUUUAUCCUAACGAGCAGCAGAACCUACAUCUAGCUGCCCGGCAAGUGGACACAGACUACAGCCUGAAGGACUAUGUGUAAAUAUAGUGGUGGACCUGUCUAUCAAGGUUGUUUAUGUGGUCCUGCUUUUAUAACAAUGCGGUUGAUGCAAGCCUUAUAAUGACAAUGGGUGAGGUGUUUCUUAUUUAUUAAAAAAAAGAAAAAGAUGCCAAGAAUUUAAAAACUAACCAACCAUUUAUUACUGAAACUUCUUUGCAACUGGAUUAUACUGAGAAUGGGGGGUGGGGUGUAAAUAUAAUAUAAAUUAGUUACAAGAGUUAGUUCGUAUCUGUCACAUGCCUCAUUUAGUAUCACCAAGUGUCUUAUUUUAACAAUGGCACCAGCUGAACUGAGUCUGCCUUGCUGUGGAUUUCUGUGUUUUGUUUUUAAAUGUUAGUUUCUCAAUGUCAGUUUUCAACCACUAUGAUAAAUGGUAUCUCUCCAGGUUUCUUUGAAAGAAUAGCAGUUAUCCCAACGUUUCUGAGGAUUAGCUGCCUCUCUAGACUUCAGAAAUUCCAUGCCCCACAAUAACCUGCACCCAUUCCGCUUUCUGUGGAAAAUGUCUACUUAAUAAUUUGCCACUAAAUCAAACACAACAGGACUACAAGACCGACCUAUUUAUAUUUAUAGGACAUUUUUUAAAAAUCUCCUUUUUUCAAGCUUGAUUUCGACGCGUCUUAAAUAACAUACAACUAAACAUAAUUAAGUAAAAUAUUUCAGUUGUCGGUAACUAGUGAGUACUUCAGCAGGAUUUAAAGCUGUAUGUCAUCUAGCUAUUAUCUAUACUUUAUGCAAACUAUUUACAAAGCAAUCUUCAAUCAGAUUCCAAAGAUUUUGGCUAUUUGCCACUCAAAGAUUUAGCAGGCAAUAGUCAAUUGUUUUAUAAUUAUUUUGCCAGCAUGAGACACUUGAUUAGUCUUGCUUCUUUAAAUCUUUUUCUUGUGUCCAUCUGCAAAAAAUCAUGAUCCGUCACAAAACAGCCACUCAUCUCCAUUCAGGAGAGAUACAAUUUGAACAUGUUUGGCAAUAUAGCACAAUAUAAAGAGCAAAGUUUGGAUCAAUAGCUUGAAAUAUAUUUUCUAGUGUCAGCAAUGUUAAAUAACUUCACCAAAAGAUUAGUCUUUUGUUUCUUACAUGAGAAUUAUAGCAUACAUUUUUAGUUAGAAAAAUAAAAGGAUAUAUGGAGGCUUCUAAAAUUAUACAUAGUAUGACAAAAAUGAGGUGUACUUUUCCCCUAUAAAAAAACCAGAAUCAUGGUUUGCUUUUUAAAUUAAGAAAAUUUCCAAUAGCAUAAAACAUAAAUAAAAAAGUGCAAAAAAAUAAAAACUGAAUUAAAGUUAGUAAAAUUAUAAGUGACUUCAGACCUUCUUUUCAAUAGAUAAUUACAAUCUUUUUAUCUUUCCUCCCUCAAGUUGCUUCAGUCCCUCAUUUAAUCCACAUAUUUAUUAAUUGUCAAAUCUAUAAGAUAUUGGAGUUUUUUUUCAGAACCCUGAGUUAUAUAGCAAAGCUGAAAAGAGGGCUGGGGUAAAGUUUUGAGAUACAUGAAACACACUGUUAAAUUUUAAAGAUUACUACCAAAAGAUGUAGUGGGUAAGCUGUUCUUUAAAAAAAAGACUCAACAACUGCAGCUGACAGUAAGGUUAUUAAUUAUUAGUAGCCAGGGGAGUUACCCAUUAUCUCUAAUAAUAGAGGCAGUAAACCUCUCAGUGCUGCUAGGGAACCCCAGUGAAUUUUGCCACUAUCUGUAAAAUCUGCACAAGGAUUCUGAUUACUUUGUACAACUCUGUAAAAACUGUAAAACACAAACUCAAAAUAUACCACCUACGCUUGGCUAGUGUUAGCACUUCAGUUUGCGAAACAUUAUUAUAGUUUAUUAAAAAUAUAUACAUAUAAUGUUUCUUCCUAAAAGGGCAUUUUUAAGAUAAGUAUAUAAAUGCUGAUUCAUUUUCAUCACAAACAUUUGCCUGUGCCAAUUCUGAGGCAUAUGCAGAAGUAACCUUAAAUACGUUAAAACAAAAGCAAAACCCCAAUUGUGAAGAGAAGCAGCCCCAAACUAGGAGAAACUUUAUAGCAGAAAUAUAACUGCAAUUCAACAAUUAAUAUCAAGAUGCUAUUAUUCUCACGAUAUAAGAUCCAAAUAACUUUGAGUAGACUGGCAGAGGACAUUGUGGAAGCUAAAAGUGAUGAGCAACCUGGGAGCAACUUCAUCAGUUCACCAUGUUGGAAAUAAAUGUUUCACUAUAGCAACUGUUUUAAAAAAAGGCCCCAUGAUAGCCAUUUUGUAAAAGUACCCACGAAAAACUAUCUUGAUUCUCAAUAUCUAUGCAUUCCCACUACAGCACAUGAUAGCCAAUGAAUAUCACCAUUUUCUUCUAUAUGGAAAUCAUUAUCUUAUGAAAACGAGUGUAAACAGUUCAAAAAUGAAGAUGCUGCUUUUGAGAAAAUAGGAAUCCAUAGCUAGCAUCUUAAAAAAUAUAGAUUAAUAAUCUACUUAUAUUUUGUGUGCCAGCCAUUUCAUUUCUGGAAAUACCAUUAAUCCUGUUUGAAAAAAAUGUAUUAAAUUAAAGAACCCAGUUCAAAUAUUUUUAACAAGCUUGCAUUAGCAUAAUACCAUGCAAUCUAAUUCUCUGACAAAAAAAGUUAAAAGUAUUCUGUUAAAGUCAGACAAAUUCCAAGAAAAAAUGCACCAGCAACAUCAAAACAAAAGAAAUACUGCUUGCAUAGAAAUAGAGAAGAUUAACAGUUCUUAAGAAAAGAGAGUACUCUCUCUGCAGAUAUACUGUAUAUUACCACCAAUUUAACAUGGAAAGAGCAAUAAAAACAGAACAAAUAACAGUAUUUAUAGGAACUACAAGAUCGUAAAAAGGGGGAUUUUAUAACAGUAUUCAUAAGGUGAGUUUGACACUAGCACUGUAAUCUCCAAAAGAAAAUCAAUUUGCAAAAGUUGGUGUCCUAUUGCCAACCUAAAUGAAGAGCAUCAAUGAAUAAACCAAGGCAAUUAACUUCAGGCCUAGUCUAUUCCCUUUUCUCCUGCCUUACAGAUGAAAAUUAACAAUCAAUCACUGGCCAGGAACACAUGAAAGCCAGAAUGUUUCUUAUAGGAGACAUUCAAAUAUAGGAUCAGGAAUCUGUGAUCCUCCAAAUAUUGUUGAAUUGUUGAGGUUCUCACCAGACUAGUCAACAUCACCAAUGAUGAAUAACGCUUUCAAGACAUCAGUAGGUCCCAGAAUCCCUUCAGGUUUGUUUUCCAAUAAUUAUGCAAUAAUUUCUACUAACACAUGUAUAUCAAGGACAGAGAAAGGGCAAUAGUUACUCUGAAAAUAACUCCCAAGUCAUCUUCUAAUCAGGAUAAGUCAUGUAAUAUUAAAUUAUGCAUUAUUAUGUAACCAUUAACCCUUUAACAAUCCUGUGACACAAGCUAAGCUGAAAUGUGAUCAUCUGUCUAAGGUCCCACAUAUGGUUUAGUAGUGUCUGAAAAUGAAUCUGACUUUGGCCAUCCACCAUACAGCUCAAUGCCAUCUGCUAUUCUAACUCUCUACUGAGCAACAAGAUUACAGUACUUAGCCAAUCUUGAUCUAAACAUUAUAGUAGGUCCAGACCUUGUUAAUAUUGGGAAACUUGGGAAACAUUUGGGAAAUUAGUUGCAGAAGGUUGGAAAAAACAUCCUGAAGUAAGGCAAUGACAGCCCUUUUCCAUACUGUUACCAAGGAAAUUAACAACUCCAAUAUCUGCCCAAUUUAUUCCAAAAGUAUACAGUGCUUUUGUACUAUAUAUUUUUGAAGUGCUAGCCCCUUUCAAGGCUAUUUAUUUGUAUGCCACGCAUUCCCAAAAGUUUUAGGAGGUUAACAAUCUCAACAUAAAAUAUUUCUUCAGGAUUACAUAGGCAGACAGAUAAAUAGAGAAAAUAACAAAAUAGAAAAAAAUGAAAUUAGGAGAUAUUUAAGUUAUGUGCCUGCAAAUUCCACCUUCAAUCAUAGCACACUGUCCUCCUGUGCAAAGAGGAAUAGGUAAGCCUUUACACCUUUCCUAAAAUCAAGAAGGAACAAUGCUGGCCAAAGGAGGGAGUUCCAUAGAAUAGGAGUAAGUACCGAAAACACUCACUUUGGAGGGCCCAUCAGAUGCCCUCUGGGUCCUGGAAGGAGUUAACCUUAUUUGAUCUAGCUGGAUCGGCAGUCCUUUAGAUAACCAAGUCUUGAAUUACAUUGGGCCUUAACAGGCAGCAAGAAUCAUACUUGGAAACUGUCUAGCAACCAACACAGCCACCAAACCAGUGGAUUCACCUGAAGAUACUGGACAGCCUAGUCCACUGCAUUUUAUACCAGCUGUAGCUUCUGAAUGCUCAUUAAAGGCAGCUCCAAAUUCUGGGAGGGUACCCCCACUGAUAUGUUUGAUUUCAUUCUGCCUUAAUGUGAGGUGAAAACCUAGCCACCAUAGUAUGCAUUUAUUAAUUAAACCAUGGCAUAAACAAAUUAUGGUUUAUACAAAAGAGGAAAACAAUUAUCAUCAGCAAUUUCUAAACCACAAUAUGGCAGCAAUAAACAGGAGACAUAUGUAGCAUUACAGACAAAUAAUCACUAUCUCUAUGUUGGAUAUUAGAAGGAAUAGAAUAGGGCUGGGGUUUGGAACUGGUUCAGGAAAACAUUUCUUUUUGGAAUAGCAUUUUACUUGAGUUGUUAUUCUCAAAAUCAGGACACAGCCACCUCUAAGGAAAUCUUGUCUCCACAAAGUGUCACACCGAACCAAAAUAGCGAUUUCCCAGAGGUAUGUCAACAUUUAUUGUUGCCACGAAUGUGUGAUUUCCUACAGAUUGUACAAAUAAUUUAACUAAGAGUUUGAUGCUCCUUUGGGGUAACCCUUCAGGGCUUCCCACUACUUAAGACUUCUGAAGAAUUCUGACACAUCUUUGGGGUACUUGGAAUUUAUCUGAACAUUUUCUCAUCUGUCACUCUUUCUCUUUUGUUAAUUUGCCUUCCUUUCAAACGCUGCCUUUAAAUCUUUCUCACUCAUCUUCGCUGAAAAUUUAUAUCCCAAUUAUAAAUGCCUUCUUCAGUAUUUUUGGAGCUAAUCCAACAACCUUCGUGAAUACUCGUGAAAUUAGAAUAUGUCUGAGUCUGCAUGCUAACGGCUUUGUGAAAUAGCUGAGUGAAGCUUCAAACACUGCUUUUAAUGCAAAAAGAAUGA